UAACCCUAAAGUGAAAAUGCAUGUUGCUCCCUUCUCAAAAACCCUCCACAAUCCUCAAUCCCCUAAAACAUACAAAGUAUCCUUGCUCCGAUGUCUCUCGUCAGAGCCCUCCUCACUUCCCAAAACCCUCUCUUCAACUCCGGCAAGCCUUUCGCCUCUCCUCUCCAAUUUUCCAUCUACAGAACCCUUACUACUUCCUCCUCUCCCCUACUCGAACCCGAUGCCCAAACCGUACAAACAAAAAAGCUUAGCCUUUUAUUCCAAGAAGCAGUAGGUUUAUGUGAAAAAACGGAACCAGACAUCGAAAUUGAAAGCCACAGCAGCGGGGUGAAGAAGAAAUUAUGGGAGCUAGAGAGAGAAGUGAGGGAUUUAAGAAAAGCAGAUUCGAAGAAUGACGAAAAACAUCAGAAUGUAGAAACCGCUGAAACAGGGGAAUCCAAGAGUUUGUAUGCGAUGUUUACUGGAGUGAAACAUAGAAAGAAAGUGGAAACCCAGAGAAGGGAGCCGGAAGAACCAAGGAUUUUCAAGGAGUUAUCGCUGGAUAUGAAAAUGUUCGUGAACCAUUUGUACGAGAAUGGCUAUUUUAGGGACGCUAAUUUUUUGAGAGGGGAUAGGCUAGAUUUAAGUUGCUUUGAUGAUAGCUAUGGCAGGGAUUUUAUCAAGUUUGCUGCAAAGAAGUUUGGCGAGGAUCAUCAAGAAAUUGCUAAAUGGUUGUCAGGCAGUGACUUGAAAAAGGUGGCUCUCUUUGGUUGUCCCUCCGCUACAAGAAGGGAUGUUUUUUCUGCUAAAAGUUUGCGCAAUUAUUUUGAAAUUAAAGAGGACACUGUAUGUGGAAAAUGUGUCUUAAAACAUUCAUGUAAGUUUGUAAACCAGAGUGUAAGGAAAGGUGAUCACAAGACUUUGAAUUUGGCUGUUGUAAUGCGGCUCAUCACCUUAUAUGCUUUGGAGGCAGUGCACCCAGAGUUGCCAGUGCCAGAUGAGAUAAAGGCUUCUGUCAGCCGUUUGCUAAAGGAAGUUGUGAAGUUGAGUCAAACCAUUUCAUGAGGCUACACAUAGACCCAGAUGUGAGUUCUUUAAACUAAUCAACAUUGUAAUUUCUCUCAUGACGGCUGCACAUCUGAUCUUGCUGCAAUCAUUUCUAAUAUUGGUUUCAAAUAUUUGGUGGCAACUAAAUUGUGGAGGGUUUCACAAAUACUUAAAAUGGCAUGGGAGAGAUGGAGGUCUACGGAAGUUGGUUUUGUGGAAACACCAAGUCUUCGAAAUUCAAUACCAAUUUUUUUCAAACAUCAUUUUGACAAAUGUAGGGUUUAUUUGGUUUAAGGGUUGGAUGCGACUAAUAAUUGAUAGUGUUUUUUUUUUUUUUUUUUUUUUUUUGUGCUAAGUUAUGCCAAGUAAACUUUAUCUAACGGGUGCUCUUGAUGUGUAGAACGACUGAUAAGAGAAUAUCUUUAUAAUUUAAUUUAUUAUUAAAAUAAAUAUACUUUGUUUAGUAUAUCA